AUGCGUGAUUUGAAAGAACUCUACAAGUUAGAAGCCAACCUGUGUCGCACUUUCGAGACAGUGCGACGAUUUAUUUCAAGUGUGAACACCAGUACUGUGCGGAGUGAACUAAUCGGCGUACGCAUUGAACGCCUAGACGAUGCGUUCAAGCAGUUCCAGUUAGUGCGUGCGGAAAUCGAGCUGCAGACCGACCAGGUGACCGGGGUGGAUGAUCCAGACGAAGAGCUGUCGCUGAUCAACGCACGAGCUGAAGAGAAUUACACCAUUGCCACGGAAAAGGAGGAUGAUUUCUGUAACAUGAAGGGAGAGUUGUUGCACCUACAGUUGUUAGCCCGUAGAUCCGAAAAUAGUGAAAAUCAUCCAGCUACCAGUACCCAGAACCCGAUCGAAUCGUCAGCGAGUUUGGCUCGAGUCAAGCUGCCCGAGAUUCGCCUGCCAAGUUUCGAUGGACAAAUUAAUCUCUGGAUUACUUUUCGGGACUCAUUCGACAGCUUGAUCAACUCCAAUCACCAGCUCACUAAGAUGGACAAGUUUACAUACUUACGUUCCGCGCUCACAGGGGAAGCGCUUCAGGAGGUGAGCUCGAUUGAGCUUUCAGCAGCUAACUACGAGGUAGCAUGGGCUGCCUUGAAAAACCGGUACGAAAAUCGCAAGCUGAUUGUAAAGACAUACGUCGAUGCGCUUUUUAAUGUCGCGGCCAUGCACAAGGAGAGCUACGAAGGGCUUAGUAAGCUGAUUGGCGAAUUUGAAAAGAAUCUCCAAAUGUUGGAAAAGAUUGGUGAAUCUUUCGAAGGUUGGAGCACUCUACUGGUCUACAUGGUCUGUGCUCGGUUGGACCCGUCGACGUUGCGGCACUGGGAGACGCACCACAACUCCCGAGAGGUUCCCAAGUUCCAGAUGUUGAUGCGGUUUUUGAAAGACCAUUGUGCGAUACUGCAAACACUAGCGCAUCAACCCACGCCUGAGGAUUCCCAGGUCAAACGGUGUUGCGUGGCAACAAAUGCUCCCGAAGCUUAUUGGCAAUAUCGUUGGUAA